AUGAAUGAUGUUAAACGUAGGGCUGCUCAAAAAGGUUACCAAAAAGUAUUGGAUUCGGUUGCAAAAGAUCCACUCGGAAGUAGCAGAAAACAGAGGGGCGGCAAUCGGCCAAUACCGAUGCAAGGAGCAGGAUUUUGGUAUGCAAUUAAGAAAGUAAAUGGUUGGUUGCAAGACACCAAAGCAAUAUCAAAAGUUGCAAAGAGUUUGGAUGGAGUUGUACCCUUUGCAGGAAAGAUUGGUUCAGUUGCCGAGCAAAUGGGAUAUGGUAAAAAAAGAGAAGACCAAGAAAAUAAAGUUGUGGUACCUUGA